AAGACCGGACCACCACGAAGCUAUGGCGUCCGCCCUGCAAGACAUCCAGCUGGACGAGGCCUCCUACGUGGAGCUGCUGCGCAAGCUCAUCGGCGUCUCCGAGAAGGUGCAGAACGCCCCCAGCCUGGGGCUCGUCCCGCAGGAGAACCUCGUGUCCGACAUCGUGCUGGCCGAGCUGCAGCCCUACACUGCGGAGAACAGCGGCUGCCUGACGAUCGAGCGCGUGGAGUUCGUGGCCGGCCGCGGCAACGUCAUCAUCACGUACCAGCACCCGGACUUCGCCCACAGCGACAAGACCGUCGCGUACGUGGGCUCCCACAUGGACGUGGUGCCGGCCAACCCCGAGGGCUGGCAGCGCGACCCCUUCACUUUGACGGUGGAGGGCGACAAACUCUACGGCCGCGGCACGACGGACUGUCUGGGCCACGUGGCGCUGAUGACGGAGCUGUUCAAGGAGCUGGCCAAGCGCAAGGUCCGUCUCGAGACCAAGGUCGUGUGCGUGCUGAUUGCGUCGGAGGAGAACACGGAGAUCCCUGGGGUGGGCGUGGAGACGCUCAUGGAGUCGGGCAAGAUCGACUUCAUCACGAACGGCCCCGUCAUCUGGGUGGACUGCUCGGACAGCCAGCCGUGCAUUGGUACGGCCGGUGUGAUCACGUGGACGCUGAAGGCGACGGGCAAGCUGUUCCACAGCGGUCUGCCGAACCUUGGCAUUAACGGCAUUGAGCUGGGAAUGGAUGCGUUCACUAAGAUUCAGGAGCGUUUCUACAAGGAUUUCGGCCCGCUGCCGCAGGAGAAGGAGUACAACUACUCGUGCCCGUCGACUUUGAAGCCGACGCGCAUUGAGUCCUCCACGAAUGGUCUCAACCAGAUUCCGCCAUGGGUCAAGAUCUCCGGCGACGUGCGUCUGUCGCCAUUCUACGACAUGAAGGACUUGAUCGCCAAGAUGCACUCGUAUGUCGCUGACCUCAACGCCAACAUCACGUCGCUUGAGGGCAAGCGUGGCCCUGUGUCUAAGUAUACUCUCCCCGCCGAGAACUGGAAUGGCAAGCUGGAGCUUACUUUUGAGGAGCAGUACUUCGAGGGCAUUGCGUGCUCGCUUGAAUCCGUCGGCUACAAGUAAGUUUCGUGCUGCUAUGAGAUCUUACACCAACGAGUACAAUUCUCACACCACGUAUAUUUUCCUUCAGGUCGCUGCACGCUGCCAUUGCCGAUGUGCUGGGCGAGGCCAAGCCCUUCUCCAUCAGUGGCAGGUAAGGGCUGCUACCGUCCACCUCGCACCCUAACUCGACGAUAAACUAACCUCACUACCCGUGUGCGUCUACUACAACAGUCUGCCUCUUGUGCGCGACCUGCAGCGCGCAGGUCUGGACCUGACGCUGACUGGCUUCGGCAAGAGCUCUGUGUAUCAUGGCGACAACGAGUUCUGCCAGCUGAGCGACAUGAAGGACGCCAUCAAGAUCCUCGCGCGCACCGUCGCCAACGUCGAGGCCGCCACCUCCGCCUAGGAAACGCACGGAUCUACAUAACGCGAUGAGUCCUUGCACCUGUUGCCCUUGUCUAUGACCUGUUUGACCCAACACUUCAACAGCUGACCCUUUCGUCUACAGGAUGAGUGUACCCGCUCGUCCAUUGGCCCCUAUUUCAACCAAUCACCACCAGCUACCAACCAUCACUCCUCCUCGUCCGCAACUUCAUCUUCGAAUCCUCCCGCCAAGAAGAAGAAGAUGGCCUCGCUGCACGACUUCGCGCUCGACGAGAGCGUCUACGUGGAGCUCCUGCGCAAGCUCAUCAGCGUCUCGGUACGUGCUUCCUUUCCCUCUCCUUAUCCCCGCGCAACUCCUGCGCCUUAACUCCCUCUAGACCCCACAAAACCACGCUCUAAAACUCACCGUCUCACUCCCACCCUUAUUUAUUAGGAAAAAGUGCAAAAUGCGCCCGGACUGGGUCUAAUCCCCCAGGAAAACCUCGUCUCGGACUUUGUCCUGGAGGAGCUCAAGCCCUUCACGGGCGCCGAGCUCAGCGUGGAGCGCGUGGAGUUCGUGGCGGGUCGAGGCAACGUCAUUCUCAAGUAUGCGCCGCCCUCGGCCGCGGCGGACAAGACGCUCGCGUUGGUGGGAGCCCACAUGGACGUGGUGCCGGCCAACCCCGAGGGCUGGCAGAGAGACCCCUUCACUCUGACGGUCGAGGGCGACAAGCUCUACGGACGCGGCACCACGGACUGCCUCGGUCACGUGGCGCUGCUGACGUGUAGGUAGCUACAGUGAAGAAGUUUGAGAGGAUAGGACUUUUUUCCUUACUUAUUGUUUUGCAGUGCUGUUCAAGGAGCUGGCGAAGCAGAAGGUGCCGACCAAGACGCAGGUGGUGUGCGUGCUGAUUGCGUCAGAGGAGAACAGCGAGAUUGAAGGAGUGGGCGUCGAGACGCUGAUGGAGUCGGGCAAGAUCGACUUCAUCAAGAACGGACCAGUGUUCUGGGUCGAUUGCUCCGACAGUCAGCCGUGCAUCGGUACCGCCGGAGCUAUCACCUGGACGCUCAAGGCGACCGGCAAGCUGUUCCACAGUGGACUACCGAACUUGGGCAUUAAUGGACUGGAGCUGGCCAUGGACGCCAUGACUAAGAUCCAAGAGUACUUCUACAAGGAGUUCGGCCCCGUCGAGAAGGAGAAGGAGUACAACUACUCGUGCCCAUCCACGAUGAAGCCGACGCGGAUCGAAUCCUCUGUCAACGGACUCAACCAGAUGUAGGUGGUGUGCUUUGUGAGUUUCCGGCUACUGCAUGCGAUAGCUGAUAGCAAGUGGUGUUUUGCAGUCCGCCAUGGGCCAAGAUCGCGGGUGACGUUCGCCUCUCCC